AUGUUAAAGUCUGCAGUACAGGUGAUUUUGGUUGCUGUUGGUUACUAUUUGGAUGGCCAGUUUGCUUCCCCAUUUGCUUCAAUCAUUCAACUUCUUUUAGUUGUUCCUCAGAGUAUGUUUUAUCAUGAACUCUAUUAUUAUCAGACAUUUGGUAUCGUAACUCAUGAAACAGCCAAUACCGUGGAAGUUGUGAUGAUAGAUGCGCAGUCAGAUCAGCAAAUAGGUUUGACGUUUUUGAAAAUCAAAAUCUCCACGGUCGGGCAUCUUACAGGCAUUGUUUAUCUUCAGCCGCCAUUUGGUGACUUUAUUUUAGGACAUUCUUUACUUGUCAUUGAUGUUCAGCGUCUGGGUACUAGUAACUAUGCGUUUUUCGCGGUAUUAUUUUUAUCUGCAGAUAUUCCGGAUCCAGCUGGAAUGCCGCUGAUCAUGGGUUUCACGUCCCGCUCAGUUAAUCUGUCUUGGGCACCCAGUGUUAACAACCACAACAGUCCAAUUCUGCACUACAUUAUACACGUCAGGAUUGGAGAAAUGGGAGAGUGGGAAUCUGCAAUGGGAAUCAUGACUCCUGAUAACAAAACAUCUUACCAUGUGAUCGGCUUACAGCCAUAUACAGUGUAUUCGUUUAGAGUUGUUGCAGUAAAUGCUAUAGGAGCAAGUGAACCUAGCAAAGAGUCGUAUUAUAUGGUUACUCUAAGAGAAGUUCCUGACGGAAAACCAACUAUAAUUAGUGCUUAUAAUACUAGUAGUACAUCUAUACGUCUCCAGUGGGCGCCACCUCCCCAAAACACGAUACACGGUGAGUUUCUUGGCUACCGUAUUACCUAUCGGCCACGAGACCGGCCUGAAGAAGAACGUGAAAUCACGUUACGGGAUCCUACUUUGAGGCAUUUCACCAUAAGAAAUUUGGAUAUAUUUACGCAGUAUUUGAUUUCAGUUCAAGUUUUCAAUCCUGCAGGUCAUGGUCCAGCUGCGACAGUUGCAGUAAUGACUGACGAAGGAACUCCAAGCGAGCCAGUUAAUUUGACAAUUGGCAAAGUUGGUGACAGUUCAGUUAGACUUCGAUGGCAAGAACCAGUAAAUCCAAAUGGCAUUAUUCAAGGAUAUAGAGUUUAUUUUUUGCACACAGCCCAAAAUCACACAGAGAUGCGAAAAGCCCAACAUCCACAGCCUGUUAUGGAUUAUGUACUCCAAAACUUAAAACCUUUCAGUCAUUAUAAGAUAUGGGUUAAUGCAUAUACUUGGAAGCAUGAAGGUGAACCAAGUAAGGUGUUAGAUUUCCACACUGAUGUCCAAGGUCCGAGUGCUCCAUACAUUGUAAACUUGACAUGUCAGACACUUGAUAGCCUAUAUGUUCAGUGGGAAAGACCUCAGGUUUUUUUCAAUCGUAUUGAUUAUUAUUUUGUCCAUUAUCGUUCUGAAAAUAAUUGGGACUUUGAAGAAAUUGCCAUGGCAUCACCUCAUGAAAGGGCAAUUGAUCAUGGAAUGUUUAUUCCCAAUCUGACUGCAAAUACAAUGUAUGAAGUGAAGGUGAGAGGAGCAACUCGAAGUGUUAUUGAACACUCAAAGCUCUUUAAAGGACAGUUCUCCGAGCCAAGGAAAGUACUUCUACAAAACAAGUGCCCUAUGUUUCAUGGUGUUCCUUAUUCAUAUUCUGAUUCUUCACUGAGUGCUGGUAUGGUUGCUGGUGUUAUGUGUGCUUCUUUUGCUUUGCUUUUAGCAAUUGUUUCAUUCAUUUUGUGGAGGAAAUACUUCCAAGCUGCUUAUUAUUACCUCGAUGAUCCUCUAGGAAAUAGGACAUCUCCUCAGCUUUCUGAAACUUUUG